ACGCUGAGGAAGCUUCACGGUCGGUUUCUUCAGUUCUUGUGCAUUUCUAUAUUCUAAGAGUUCGUGUGGCAAUGGAGACAAGCUUCCUGUUGGCUAAAAUCAACAUGUUGAUGACCUCUGAUCAUUCCUCGGUUGUGUCCAUGAACCUCUUUGUGGCACUUCUUUGUGCCUGUAUUGUGGUAGGCCACUUGUUGGAGGAGUACAGGUGGAUGAAUGAAUCCAUCACAGCCCUUGCCAUUGGUCUGUGCACUGGAGUUGUAAUUUUGCUUACUACUGAAGGAAAGAGCUCUCGUCUUAUGGUUUUCAGUGAAGAUCUUUUCUUCAUUUAUCUUCUUCCACCUAUUAUAUUCAAUGCUGGGUUCCAAGUGAAGAAGAAGCAAUUUUUUCGCAACUUUAUGACGAUCAUGCUCUUCGGUGCAAUUGGUACUCUAAUAUCCUUUGGUAUCAUAUCGCUAGGUGCCGUACACAUCUUUCAGAAAAUGAAUAUUGGUCCACUUGAAAUGAGAGAUUAUCUGGCGAUUGGAGCAAUACUUUCCGCGACAGAUUCUGUCUGCACCUUGCAGGUGCUUAAUCAGGAUGAGACGCCUCUAUUGUACAGUCUGGUCUUUGGUGAAGGCGUUGUGAAUGAUGCCGCAUCAGUUGUUCUGUUCAAUGCAAUUAAGAGCUUUGACAUUACUCACAUCAACUCGAGGAUCGCUCUGGAGUUCAUGGGCAACUUCUUAUACUUGUUUAUAUUGAGCACGAUGCUCGGAGUUUUGGCGGGGCUGCUCAGUGCUUACAUUGUCAAGAAACUCUACUUUGGCAGGCACUCUACAGACCGUGAGGUUGCGCUGAUGAUACUCAUGGCAUACCUUUCAUAUAUGUUGGCCGAAUUUUUCUACUUAAGUGCCAUCCUCACCGUGUUCUUCUGUGGAAUUGUCAUGUCGCACUAUACAUGGCAUAACGUGACAGAGAGUUCAAGAGUGACUACUAAGCAUGUUUUUGCCACUCUGUCAUUUGUUGCCGAGAUCUUCAUCUUCCUUUAUGUUGGGAUGGAUGCGUUAGAUAUCGAGAAGUGGGGAGUUGUCAGCAAUAGUCCUGGAAAAUCGAUCAAGGUCAGCUCGAUAUUGUUGGGACUCGUUCUGAUUGGAAGAGCCGCCUUUGUUUUUCCCUUGUCGUUCUUAUCCAACUUGACUAGGAAGUCUAAGUACGAAAAGAUCGAUUUAAAGCAGCAGGUCACAAUUUGGUGGGCAGGGCUUAUGCGUGGUGCUGUCUCCAUGGCACUCGCUUAUAACCAGUUCACUCGGUCCGAUGCCAAAUUGCGGGGCAAUGCAUUUAUGAUCACGAGUACCAUCACGGUCGUUCUGUUCAGCACUGUGGUGUUUGGACUGUUGACGAAGCCUCUAGUGAGAAUCUUGCUUCCUUCAACCAAAUACUUUGCCAGCACGACAUCUUCGGAGCCAUCAAGUCCCAAAUCUUUCACUCAGCCACUGCUCAGCAAUGGACACGACUUGGAGUCUCACCAGAAUGGCAAAAGCAUACUCCGACCAAGCAGCUUGCACAAGCUCCUGAGUAUGCCUUCUCAUACAGUGCAUCAUUACUGGAGAAAAUUCGACGAUGCCUUCAUGAGGCCUGUGUUCGGCGGAAGAGGUUUUGUGCCUUUCAUUCCAUGCUCACCUACCGAUCAAGAUGAUCAUCAGUGGCUCUAACUAUAACCGAAGAUGAGAUCAAGAACUAAUGAUUUU